AGUAAGACCACCACACCCCUGCUCCACUUCCAAGUUCGAGCUCAGAGCAAGACACACGCGCAGACGCCAUGGCCUCCUCUAAGCUCUUCCUCCUCAUCAUCAGUGCCAUCAUCUCCAUGGCAAUCACUAGUAGUCCGGCGGCUGCGGCAAAUGGUCGCAUACAUCUCAUCAUGGUGAACAACUGCGCCGAGUCGGUGUGGCCGGCCAUGCUCGGCACCACCGGCCACGCCACGCCGCAGUCGGGCGGCUUCCACCUCGGCCCCGGCGAAGAGACCACCUUCGACGUGCCGGUAGGGUGGUCGGGGCGGGUGUGGCCGCGCCGGGGCUGCUCCUUCGACCCGCGCGGCAUGGGCAAGUGCGCCACGGGCGACUGCGGCGGCGUGCUGCGGUGCGGGGGCGCCCCGGGCGCCACCCCGGCCACCGUGGUGGAGAUGACGCUGGGGACUCCCCAGUCGCCGAUGCACUUCUACGACGUGAGCCUGGUGGACGGGUUCAACGCGCCGGUGUCCAUGACGCCGGUCGGUGGCGGCCGCGGGUGCGGCGUGGCGGCGUGCGGGGCGGACCUGAACGUCUGCUGCCCGUCGGCGCUGGAGGUGAGGGACCGGGAGGGGAGGGUGGCCGGUUGCCGGAGCGCGUGCCUGGCGAUGGGCAGCGACAAGUACUGCUGCACCGGGGAGUACGGGACGGCGGCGGCGUGCAAGCCCACUAUGUUCUCGCACCUCUUCAAGGCCAUCUGCCCCAGGGCCUACAGCUACGCCUUCGACGACGCCUCAAGCCUCAACCGCUGCAAGGCCAACCGAUACCUCAUCACAUUCUGCCCACCACAACCUGAAUGAGGCAUCGCUAUCAAUCACCAUGUAUUUAUAUUUCUGAAUCCAAAACCUGAGUGAACUGUGUAGCUACAUGGAGUAUAUGAUACAGUAUGAGGGUGUUUGGGAUGUUA